UAUUUAUCUUUUUAUUAAUUUUAGUUAAUUAAAAUUAAUAAAAAUAAAUCUUUUUUUAGACUUAAAAAUAAACAUUAUUUCGUGAUAAAAACGUAUAUAUAUAAAGCCAGAAAUUUAAGGCCAAAUAAAACUAUACAAUCGAAUUCGAGUCUUCGGCCAUGGCAGGAGCAAGAAAGGGUGUUCUUCAUCGCUCUAACAGAGGCAGCGAAUCAUCAUCUUCCAAAUUCAAUCAAGCACUAACCUCUGAUCCAUCGGUUUCAACUUCUCACCCACGGAAUCUCGAGCCCAAUAAUCCCAAGUGGGUUCCGAGGAAUCGUGGGGUUAAACCCCAAUUCGUUGACAAAUCCGAGGUGGGUUCUUCGAGUCAUGAGGUGUUCAGCUCUGUCUCUUUGGAUAGUGAAAUGGGUUCGUUGAGUAUCGAUGAAAGAGUUGAGAAAGAGGAGAGAGAAGGAGGUGUGUGUAGUAGUUCAGGGUCGAAGAAUGAGGUGGUGGAAGAAGAGUCUAAUGAUGUUAGGGAUUUAUUGGAAGAAUUGGCGUUGAGUUGUGAAGAGGUGGAGUUGUCAGAAGAGCAGUUGAUGAGUAAUUGUCAGUAUCAGGAUGAUGAGAUACUUGUCCUGCAGUCCAUUUACGGCGAAAAUGUUCUCAUUUUUGACAAACAGAGGGGCCUUAAAUCUUUUCAGGUUCAUAUAGAUAUAGAAGUGCCAAAUGGAAUCACUGUUACUACAAAGCUAAAUUCUUCAGGUGAUCUCAAGACCUCUGGCAAAGACGUAGACGAGUUCUCAUACUCAUUCAAAGUUCAAUAUCUUCCCCCAGUUGUGUUGACAUGUUUAUUACCUAAAUCAUAUCCAAGCCAUCUACCUCCUUAUUUUACAAUAUCCGUUCAGUGGUUAGAUUCUAUAAAGAUUGCCAAUCUUUGCUCGAAGCUUGACUCCAUAUGGAAGGAGCAACCUGGACAAGAGGUAUUAUACCAAUGGGUGGAAUGGCUAAAGUAUUAUUCUCUUUCCUUUAUGGGGUUUGACAAUGAGAUCAUGCUUGGUCCUUAUGGCCUUAAACACACUAAAGAUAGGCGUGUAGUUUCGGGAAGUGUUUCACCUGAUAUAGAUGUUCCUUUCAUUAGAAGUUACAAUGAUCAGAGACUCCACGAAAGCUUCCAGCGGAACAUUCAUGAAUGUUACAUUUGUUUUAGUGAAUAUCCAGGCACCGAGUUCAUCAAGCUUCCAUGCCAGCAUUUAUUUUGCUGUAAAUGCAUGAAGACUUAUUCUGAUAUACACGUCAGUGAGGGUACUGUAACCAAGCUAAAAUGCCCUGAUGCAAAGUGUGAUUGUAUGAUCCCACCUAAUUUGUUAAAAGGAUUGCUCAGUGAUGAAGAGUAUGAACGGUGGGAGUCUCUAACGUUACAGAAAACACUCGAGUCUAUGCCUGAUAUUACCGAUUGCCCACGCUGUGAAACACCAUGCAUAGAGGAUGAAGACCAACACGCGCAAUGCUCACAGUGUUUUUUUAGUUUUUGCACUCUUUGCAGGGAACGACGACAUGUAGGUGCUGAUUGUAUGACCCCGGAAUUGAAGCUUCAGAUCCUGCAGGAUCGUCAGAAUUCAUCCCAAUUAAGAGAAUCCCAAAAGCAUAAAGAACGCGAAAUGAUUAAUGAAAUUCUUAGCCUCAAGGAAAUAUUUCGUGAUGCAAAGCAAUGCCCUAGUUGCAAGAUGGCAAUCUCCCGAACUGAAGGCUGCAACAAGAUGGUGUGUGAGAACUGUGGAAAAUACUUCUGCUAUCGGUGUAACAAGGCAAUCGAUGGUUACGAUCAUUUCAGGGGAGGGACAUGUGAGUUGUUCCCUCUAGCAAUGAUUCAGAACUGGGAGGAGCGCAUAAAUCAACGGCAGAUUGAGGCCCAGGCGCAAGUUCAACUCUAUGGUGGUGGCGAUCACGGUCAAUUUUGUCCUAAUUGUCGUCAAUUUAAUUUCAAGGUUGGCAACAAUAAUCAUCUCUUUUGCUGGGCUUGUCAAACCAACUAUUGUUACUUGUGCAAUAAGGUUGUAAGGCGCAGUUCUCAGCAUUAUGGACCAAAGGGGUGCAAACAACACACAGAAGGAUAGCGGUGCUGAAGUCUAAUAAUCCGUUAUGGUAUAAAUUUCAAACAUUUUCUUGCUAUGACAACAAACAGUAGCAGACUACAGUGGAUUUGAGAUCAAGUAUCAGUGAUGAGGCCACGACGAUUAGUUCGAUAUGAUUUAAGAUUUCUUGAAGUUAGUUGUCCAUUAAAUUUAUUGCAGUGAACUUGGAUGUCUGCUCAAAUCAUUCUACAAGCUCAAAUUAGGUUUGUGGCACCAAAUUCAUUCAUACAUUGGUGGCUUUAUUCAUACAUGUCUAUUUCAACCUCUUUAGAUCUUCUUUGUCAACCCUAGCUUGAACUCAAAGGAACAACAAUAACAACUUAAUUUUGUAGGUAAAAAUAAAGAGUUUAUAUUUUUUAUUAGAUGUUCCACUUGAUAUUUAUUUAUUUUUAUAGAAAAAGUAUAUGUUGUUAUUUUUUUUUUUUGUGUAAGUUGGUUAAUAAGGACAUGGGACAUUUUGUUAUUAUUCUUAUAAUGAAAAUAUAAAUUAAUGAGAUUAUACUAUUUUGGUUCA